UUUUUUGGCUGAUUACUAACGGGAAUUCCCAUAGGCUAAUCGAAACUGAAAGCAAAUUUUUACUUUCAAGCUGGGCUUUCUUGUUAACUGAAAGGGAACGCGGUUCAGUCCAAGCCCAAUGAUGUGUGGGCAUAAACAAUAGCGUUUAUUCACCGGAACUUGUUUUAUUGCGUUUCGCUAGUUCCAGCAUUAAGGAUGCGCUCCGUCUGGUUUUUCAUUUUGUCGGUGGCCAUUGAUGCUUUAAUAUGUUUGGCUGAUCAUCGAUUUUCAAAUCGAAAUUCGAAUAGUUUAUUACGCGAAUGGGUUGUGUCUGGGAUACGGUGGUUAAUUUUACAAGUUGUGAUAAAGAAUGACUCUUGUCGUGCUCUGCAGCGAUGGGUUACAACUCAUUGCUUCCUCGCGCCAGUGUUUUUUACCGGGCGCAUGGUGAUGCUUGGGAGCUUUGCACUUGAAAAGUCAUGGGUUUGGUUAUUGAACUUUUUGGUCGCCGCAUUGGCUUGUUUAUUUUGGGAGAUGUCAUGGCCUGACAAAAGUUACCAGGAAAAUGGAGAAAAGACAAGACAAACAGCGCGGGCUCUCUUCAAGCGGGUUUUAAUUCUGUACAGACCGGACUACCUGCUGCUUUUUGGAGCCUUCGUCUUCCUUUCAUUGGCUGUUUUAUGUGAGAUGUUCAUUCCCUUUUACACUGGACGGGUGAUUGACAUCCUGAAGUCGCAGUAUCACUGGAAUGACUUCCUUACAGCUAUCAUGCUUAUGGGCUUUUUUUCUUUAGGAAGCUCCGUCAGUGCAGGCUGCCGUGGAGGCCUCUUCAUGUGUGCCAUCAACAGCUUCAACUGCAGAGUCAGAGUCAAGUUAUUCAGGUCCCUCGUUGGUCAGGAAAUUGGCUUUUAUGAGACCACGAAGACAGGUGACCUAACUUCCAGGUUAUCUACUGACACAGACCUGAUGGCCCGUGCAGUGGCUAUGAAUGUCAAUGUUCUGCUGCGGACAUUCAUCAAGACUCUGGGCAUGCUGUCCUUAAUGGUCAGCCUGUCUUGGAAGCUCACUGUGCUAAUGCUGUUGGAGACACCAAUAACAGGCUUCCUGCAGAACAUAUAUGACACUUUCUACCAGAAACUGGUUCAGGAAGUGCAGGAUUCCAUGGCACAAGCCAACGAUGCAGCAGCAGAGGCGGUUUCUGGCAUCCGCACUGUGAGAGGGUUCAAAACAGAGAAGAGCGAAUCACAUCGCUACAAUAACCAACUGAUGGAAAUUCACAACUUGAAGACCAAAAGGGAUACUGUCAGAGCAGUGUACGUCAUUGUUCGAAGGCUCACUGAGCUUGGCAUGAAGGUGGCCAUGCUGUACUAUGGCAGACUGAUCAUCCAGUCAGGAGAGAUGACCACAGGCAACCUGGUGUCCUUCAUCCUCUACCAGUCCGACCUGGCAGACAACAUUAGAACCUUGAUCUACAUCUUUGGUGACAUGCUGAACUCGGUGAGUGCCGCUGGUAAGGUGAUUGAGUACCUGGACAGGAAGCCACAGGUGAACACAGAGGGAACCCUGCAGCCCGACGUCCUGAAGGGCCACGUCCAGUUCCACAACCUCACAUUCACCUACCCCAGCCGGCCCGACCAGAAGGUGCUGAAG